AUGCUGUAUGGAAUACGAAGUGGGCUUCUCGCCCUUUUGUUUAUAUUAAUAUGCAAAUUGGAGGCUCAGACCGAGCUGCCACAAGUAGUGGUGCCAUCUCGGAAUGGGACCAUCACACAGUUAUCGCAACCCUUUUCCCGCGACUUUUUGCACAACUUUCGGCUAGAAAAUAGUCAGGCUGAUCCAGCACGGUCCUUGGAGAUCUACUUUCCUUCAGAAUUCUCUCAAUUCAAGGAGUUUAUAGCCAGAGUGACUGACACCAGUAACGUCAAGUAAGUAAAGUAUUUUAUGUUGAUGCAAAAAGAAUGUCGUUUAAAAAGAGUCUGUUUAAUAUCAAUCAGUUUUAGAGACGAUACAUGUUUGGACACGAAUCGUACCUUUCGGAUCACACCUCAAGACCCAUCUUCGAUCAGAAUCGACCGCCUCUACCCCGGCCAUCACUACAAUGUUGCCAUCCUCGGCAGAGUCGAAGACAAGUCGAUCUCGAUCAAAGAAGAAGGCAUCGUCAUGGAUCCGAUUCCAAUCGAGUUCAACUCUGGCGAGAGUGUCAUCGUUGGACACACGAACAUAACCUUUAGAGGGUUCAAGUCGGAAAAGGCCCUACAGGAUAGGUUUACUGUGAAGUACUUCCAGCUCGAUCCUCUCAAAAGGUACCCCACACUACAAGUCGACGACAUUGUGGACCAAAAGUUUGUGGAAUUAUAUUUGGGAAAUCUGAAUCCGGGCAGAGACUACGAUAUUACGGUAACCGCUAUCAAAGGGUCGGCCAGUAGCUCACCGUGGAGGAAGACUAUUACUACAAGUAGGUUGACCAUGCUGGUCCUGCUGUCAUUUUUGAUAACAUAAUAUUUAAAAGUGCUUAAUCUGAACUACUUUUACAGUUAUUUCUGUAACAAUUUACGGUGUCAAUUUUUCUCUAAAUAGGCAAUUAAACAUGAUUUUAUAUUCGAAUAUAUUAUUAUAGAGCCUCUGGCACCAACAAACCUCUCUGUAAAUGACCUAAACGCCACAUGUAUACGGGUGAAGUGGCUACUGCCAUCGGAAUCAGGAGCAGAUCAGUUUAACUUAUCAUAUCACAAGUUACAACGGCCGACUGAAGUUAAAAAGGUGAGACAAGUGCCUAUUAUAAUAUAAACUUUUACUAUGGUUUUUGUUUCAAAUAAUCAUCCGUCGUACUAUUUUAGACCAACAUAACGUUUGGAGUACAACAAGCCGACCUAUGUGAAGAUAUCGUGGCAGGAGAGAACUAUGUCUUCACAAUUAUUGCGGUAAAAUCCAAUCAACGGUCAGAUUCUACUACAAUUACACACACAGUACGACCUCUACCACCAACUUCAAUAUCACUAAUGCCAGAUUACAAAAUGGGAAAGUUUAAGAUCGUGGUCUACUUGAACAGUUCAGCUGUCACCAAGACCGACCAAUGUCAAAUCAGAAUCAUCGACGACGCCCAGAAGGUGGAGCAGGUUCUGCCUGUUACUCAGACCGUCAACGAGACUUUGUGGGUUUUACAUUUGUAUAUCAUUAUUGGUUUUACAAAAAGAUAACUCUAAAAUGUCAAACAAUAUGUGGCGUUUUAAUAAUACUGUGCUCGGUUUAUAAAUUUUAAAAAUAGAUGGUUCUGUCUUAUACAUAUUGUAGUAGGUUUUAGACCGAAAAAUGGAACUUUUCGUUUUAGGUGUGCAACAUAUGUGGAUUUAGAGCCAGGCAGACGAUAUGACAUCUCUGCGGCAGCGUUGAGUGAGAAUACGAUGAGCAAAAAGAUUCUGAAGAACACGGCCUUGGAACCGAGCUUCAACAAACAGUUUUUCGGUAUUAAAAUGGAGGUAUGCCAGCUUUUUAUUUAAUUUUUUUAAUCUAUUUUAAUUUUAAAAGUUGUCUUUAAAUGUCUUAUAAUGAUAUUUUUUCAAUAUGUUAUCUAAAACAAUGUCAUUUCAAUGAAUACCUUUGAAUUGAACGAUUAAUCUUUGACUUGAAAGUAACAGUGCAAACCAAAUUUAUUUUAAAUCCGGCAAUUAGCCGUGAACAAUGCUCAUUACCUACUUCCUCGAACAACAGAUGACCAUUGUUUUUGUCUGUGAACUCUUAUACCAUCACAUAUCUUGGUGAUUAAUGUUUUUUUAUCACAACAACACUUGGCAAAGUGAUUUGCAGACGAUCUUUGCUUAUUUUAAGAAAAAAAUGUCUGAUACUACAACAUUACUUUGCCCAAACAAUUACAAAUUGAAGUAAAAGUACCAUUUUAGGAGCAAAAAGGUACCUUGAUCUUCUCAUGGCCGUCUGACAUGAACAACAUCCAUGAUUUGUGGGCCAAAACGGUCGGAAAUGCCUCGAAACUGCAUAUCAAGGUAGACCCGUUGAGUGAAAGUAACAGAAAAGAUGGCCCCAGGCAGUUCGACACCUCUCCUUUCGAUGGCACCAACGAAGUUCAUGUAGACCAUCUGAGACGAGGCACCUGUUACAAGGUACACAUGUAUACCGUCACCAGUUCUGGCAUUGUUUCGCUCAAUAAAUUCGAAGAGUUCAUCAGAUUGUCACCUCCGGCUAUCGAUGUUAAGGUAGAGAAGGUGGAGAAGAGAGCAGUCUCCAUUCGGGUUACUGUAACUUCGUUCAUGUCGGAUCCUUCACAUCCUGUAAUUGGUGAUUUGACCGAUUGUAUUCUGAAGCUGAUGGUCGUGGAUGACAAGAACACGACCAUUUUGGAGAAAUCGACCGGUUUUGUGGACUUGACCACUCCAGUUAUGGGAUUGAAUGGCCUGUUACCGUACCAUGAUUACGACGUUAAGAGCACCGUGAGACUACCUUUUGAUAAAAACUCUUUUUAACAAUAUUUUAUGUUUAAAUUUAAAAUUUCUAUUAAAAAUGUCAUUUAGAUCAUCUGUGGAGCACCAAAUAUGGUCCCAAAAAGUCCUUGUCCUCCACGAAGCCUGGCUGUGCCAACCCAAUCGUUCCAAACCCUACAGGAUGUACCUAAUGUCGUAGGAAAAUUCUCAGCCCAGGUCCUGAAUCCAUAUUCAGUCCAACUGAAAUGGGAACCACCCAAAGUGUCAAACGGUCCUUUAAGUCAUUAUAUUAUCUAUGUUGUCCCCCGCCUUCAGACAGACCAGAAUUGGACAAUAUCUGUAAAUGCCAAUGACAGCCUCAUACACAACGACACCAACAUGAUCAACACAGUUGUGGUAGACAACUUGGUCGGAGGACUGGAGUACAGAUUCGACAUACAAGCUGUUAAUGCUGCUGGAAUGAGUACGGUACUGGGAGAGCAUCAGACUCCAACUGUCAAAAUGCCUAUUUUAGGUAACUUUUUUCAAAAUUAUCACCUUGAAGAUAGCCAUACUUCUUUUAAAAUGUUUAUAGUUCGCUUAAUAUUGUAAUAGGUAUACUUAUAACACCAGUUUUUCAAUACUAUACUGUACUGUUUUCAGCACCACCUCGACCAUCAGUACGAAUAGAGAUCUUGAAGGAUACUGUGAAGAGUUCGGAGUUGACCAUAAAGUUCAGUAGUGACAAUUUCAGCCAAAAGCACGGUCUUCUGAAGAUGGUGGCUGUGGUCGUAGCUCAAGUCGGUCCGGAUGGUCGUCCGAACGAUGUCAACCUUGACGAUGCUUGGGCCUUACAGUACUUGAGGAACAACACUAUGACAUGGGGAGCGGCACAGAACUUUGAGUUCUGGCCACCUUACGUGGCCACGAGGAUUCCAUUGACUUCUGAUUCUCACUUUAAGCCACAAGUGUUUGCGCAGGUAACUAUUGGGUUGUCACAUUAAAAUUUAUAUCACUAGCACAUUGAUAGAGCUUAUGAAUGUGGUUUUUCGAAGGUUAUAGGUAUUAACUGAUACCAGUUUAAUCAAUAAAAAUCUUGAUGACCAGCCUUGAAAUUUCUAUUUAUUUUGGUCAUUUAUUACCUUUACCUCUGAAUAUUUCGUCGUUUUUGUUGCUUUAUGCCAUGUUUUCAAGCAAAUGUAAUGUAACUUGUUGAAAUAUGACAUUAAUCGUUUGCAGGAGAUUGGCGCGGACGUGGAAUGCCUCGACCGGCCCACCGAUACGAUUUGCAAUGGACCGCUGAAGCCGGGCACACAUUACAGAUUUAAACUGCGACUGUUUACGGCCCCGCAUCUGUGGACGGAUUCGAUGUACUCGGACAUUGUAAUUACCGGUGAGUGUAAAAAUAGGACGGGAUUAGCGGCCGCGAGACCCGCUGCCACGCCCACUUCCGGCCAAUAAAAAACACCACACCAUAUGAGUGUAUGUUUUGGGGAUUUCCGUUUUUGAGAGUGCGAACUAGUUAAGGGAGGGGGAGAGGGGUGAAGAGGCACCCCCGAAGAUGAAAGAAGACCCUGCCGUCCCCCUGCACUCACGCCCCCACACCUCCGGGGACCUUCCACAUGUUUCGCUGCUUGUUUUUAUUUUUUGGACUCCCCCCCCCCUUUUUCUCCCGCCUCUUUAAGUAGGCCGCAGGGACGGGCGGGGGAUGAAUACUCUUCCAUAAAAUCAUUGAAUUAACCAAAAACGGAAAGUCAACAAAACCCAUAAUUGUUGACUCUUUCUUAUCCGUUUCUGUUUGUAGCGUUGUGUAUGGUUAACUAUCAUAUGUAUUGUCAUCGUUUCUUAACUAUAUACUUUAGUAGAUUGUUAUACGUAUGUGAACUUUAAUAGAACUCAUGUUACUCUAUAUAUUGUAUUGUUACUGUAGCAUAUGUCAACUAUUAUAUAGUCUAUGUAACCUUACACAUCAUGUAUUGUGUUUACCAUGCAUUCUUCGAAGCACGGUAAUUGAAAGGUGAUUAUAUGUGAUUAAGAAGUGUUUUGUCAUAAUAAUAUGGUACUGUCUUUGACGUUGACAUAAGUGUUACUUUACUAUUCAAUUAUCUACUACUUUUUUACAUUUCUCAGUCUUAAUGUUUUUACAGUUUCAUUUUAAGAGAAUAUCUAGUUUUAACAUAUAGGUAAUGUAUUAUGUUGUUAUUGUACUACCAUACUGUUUUAAAAUAUUUUUACAUAUUACCAUACUGUAUUGUAUGUUUGGCAAUGUACGAUCACACUGUCACACAAAUAUUAUGUAUUUGACAAACUAUUUAUACCGUACGUGUACUUACGUACUUGGAAUCUUUUGCGUCAACUUUGUCGUGCUUAAAAUAGCACUUGUUUCUCACAACAGCAUGUCUAACUAUAUCCCGCGGUUUCGCAUAACAUAUUCAUAUGAGGGAGGGGCGUUCGAAAUUCUGACACGAGUACAAAUUUUAUUGUUUAAACCAUGGCUGUACAAGUACGUACUGGUUUUUGGGGGUAAUGUCAAAUCAACCUAUUUUUGACCAUAAGAUUAGGCUUAUUUACAACUUUCUUUAGUUUGCGGGGGUGCCAUGUUCAACAUUAUUUUUAAAAAAUAGGGGUACCCUUUUUCCACCGCCCGGCCCUAAUAAACACUGUAAAAAAUAAAAAAUUUUAAAAUAUCCAUAAUCCUCGAUGUUUCAACAAAAUUUUCUACUAGGAUCCGGCAAGUGUGAUGCGAGAAGGUAGACAUAAACAUGUUAAUUCUAACGUGGAAAGGGCUUAAAACUACUCGAUUCCGUUCAAUUUAUUUUCUGUUUUUAGAGCCCCUUCGCACGAGUUCGGCCUUCAGAAACGUGUUCGGUGUAUUGGCCUUAUUCACUUUGUGUGGUGCUUUGGCAGUUGUGCUUCUCCUUUAUUACACGCGACGUCAUCGAGAUCCUGUGUCAGGCAAAGGGUAAGAUUUAGCCGGCUUAAUUACUUUACAUUCACUACGUUGUCUUUGUACUGGCCCUUUGAAUACAUUGUGUUUAAAACUUUGUUCUACGACCUUAUUUAGUAUUUGUAGUACCCUAAGGCUGUUUUAUCCAUCUAGCUUCUUUUGUCAGCUUUUCAUACUGUAACUUAAACAAACUGCUUUACUAAACCUAGAAAAGUCCUACUUAAGUAAUGUCUGAUUUCCUCACACUGAUUACCUUACACUAAAAGCUAUAACAAUAUAAAAUAUAACUCUGACUACAUAGAACUUGUGAAAGUAAUCCGGAGGACGUUAUUCGUUCCAGAAACCCCUUUAUGAGAGCCGUGAAAACGUGGAUUCACUUUUUUCCUUUUUGUCGGCGUCGAGAGGGAGGGCUGGCUUUUUGUGGGAGGCUAGGAAAGAAGAUGAACUUCUUGGCAAUGGUCUCCAAGAGGCCUACGUCAACUAAUUCUGCGCUUUCAAUCACGGUCUUCCGGUUGUUUUUUCUUCAUUAUCUCAUAAUUCAGAAGCCGCCGACGUUUGGUUACAAUUCGGGUUUUAACGUUAAAACGGUCGGUAUUAGCUAGAAAUGGCAGGGUUUGGUUAUUAUAGUGUAAGAGGUGUCUUUUAAGAACUUGAAAGUAUGUAAUUUAGAUGAAAUUAUAUUUUAAAUUAUAUCCUUUCGCUCUAAACACCUAAGGCGAAGAAUUAAAACAAUUUUAAUUUGUGAUUAAAGCUGAUUAGUUACGCAACGAGUUGUGAUUAGUUUUAGGGAAUUAAUAUUCGAUAUUGAAGUCCGUAAAAUACCCCUAAUUUGCUCUAAGCCCUCCUGAGUUUGUUAAUCCAUAAAACGGUCUUUAUUGUGCACAUUAAGACGUCUUAACAAAGAUUUCCACGUUUUGCGUCAUUCCUGAAGCGUGGUCUUCUACGCAUUUGAACCAACGUAUCCAGUAAUUUGUCACUUAGUCUUUGCAAUUAUUAUCUGCAGAAACCAUAAUCAGUUUGGUAGCUGGAAUCACGUUUAGUUGAGACUCUUGUUAAUCUGGAAAGUACUUGGUUGUUACUAUUUUAUUACCUUUUUAUUCGACUUUAUCAUGUUUUAUGUUUUUAGUCGAUUAUGAUCAAACUAUUAGAAAAAUUUCAGAAGCAAUUUGUACGGUGCGGACACCUUCACCUCGACCAACCAGACCUACUCCACCAAGGAGAGCCAGUGGAGCGCUCUCAAGAUGAUAAUGGCCGAAAGGGCCGCGGAUUGUCUCGCCAAGCUCGGUCUCGACACCAACUCCUCGUCUCCGCCACAGUCCAACUGCAUCAACAAUGGCUCCAGUGUCAUCUUCUCCACCACGAUGACUCCACGGCCGGGGACAGCGGAGACAAACGCCGUUCACAUCGUGCCAUUCUCUAUGACACCCUCCCCCAACCAAUUGCUCACCAAAACAGACUCCAGUAGCACGUUAACUACUCCAAACACCUUCAACGCUCAUCACCGACGAUCACGAAGUCUUCGGGAACGGACUGGAGUGGAUCAAAAGCUGGAGAGACUCCCAAGUGGACCACCACCAGGCUCCAAGCCUAGCUCCGUGCUGUGGACGGUGAUGAAGGGCGCUGACACCAACAAGUCUCGACCUGUGCGGAUUCAAGACUUCCCUGACCACGUGAAACUGUUAUCAGCUGACAGUGACUAUCUCUACAGUGUAGAGUACGAAGAGCUUCGUUUUGUGGGCACAGGCCAGUCUUGUGUAGCCGCCGAUCACGGUGAGAAUCGGGCAAAGAACCGAUUCACCAACAUCCUACCUUACGAUCACUCUCGAGUCAAAAUAAUAUCUUGCGACGAGGAAGAUGGGUCGGACUACGUGAACGCCUCCUACAUACCCGGCUUCAACUCUCGGAGAGAAUUCAUCGCUGCUCAAGGACCGCUGCCCAGUACGAGGGACCACUUCUGGAAGAUCGUGUGGGAACAGAACUGUCCUGCCAUUGUAGCUCUGACCAAGUGUGUAGAGAAGGGGCGCGACAAAUGCCACCAGUAUUGGCCUGACAUUAACCAGAGGUCAGUCAUCUACGCUGACGUUGAGGUUACAUUAGUCAAUGAAUCUGUUGAGUACGACGAGUACGUGAUAAGGGAACUGAGGCUGACUCACCUGUCAGAGUUUGGUUACCCAAGUAGGACUUUAUACCAUCUACAUUACAUGGCGUGGCCCGACUUUGGAGCUCCAGAAAACCCGACUGGCAUUAUCAACUUCCUAAGACAAUUCAGACAAAGACUACCGCCCAGUAGCCACAAUCGACCGUCGAUUGUCCAUUGCAGGUAAUUAUUUAACAUAAUUAUGAUGUUUCUAAUCAACAUUCUUAGAAAAACUAAGUAAUAUUCAUAAAACAAUACUGAACUUACCUUUUAGUGCCGGAGUCGGUCGCAGUGGAACGUUCAUUGCGUUGGACAGGCUGAUUCAGAACAUUGAGAUCGGGAAAGCGUUGGAUGUGUUUGGAACGGUGUUCGAAAUGAGGAUGCAGAGAUGUCACAUGGUCCAAAACGAGGUAAUUUCACUGCCAUUACUCUGUAACACAUUUUUAAUUUUGUUCUUUUUGUGACAGUUUUCUAUUUUCGUCGAAAUGUCAAUAAGUUAUCGAUUGGCUCGAAAUGUCACAAAAUUCAUUGAUUUUCGAAAUUUCAAAGAAUUUUAUAAAAUUACGAAAUUUAAACUUAAACUUUGUAUUUUUUCGUUGACCAAAAAUAUUUUCAGCAACAAUACAUCUUCAUCCACUCGGCGCUUCUUUUCGUUCUCCAGAACUUCUACCCUCGGCUUCUGAAUCAGUCAUCGUGGACGUCAGAAGUUGCGAAUCCGGUUUCACCGUUCUGGUCGGCUCCGAUUGCUUCACACGCUACGACCGGUCGAUGGAACGGCGCCGAACACCAGAACGGUGCCUUUAUGGAGGACGACGAAGGCAUCGCAGAAUCCGGCUUGUAAAGACUUCUAUUUGUUCAGAAGCGGGCUCUAUUUCGGUUACUGUCAUGACGUGAUACUGUAUUUCCGGUGUUUUACACUUUAUGUAAAUAGUAACAUUCCAGAUCGUAUGUUGUGUAUGAAGUUUGUGUCUAUUAUCGUACUGUAGCAUUUACUCUGUCGAAUAGGUAACAGCUUUCAACGCAAUCUACUAUAAUAUAGUUUUAUCUACAUUAACAUUACAGACUUGUAUAUAAGAUGUAUCUUCACAUGGUUUUGUUAUAGUCGUACUCAACAUACCUAUUUAUUCUCAUUCCCUUUCGUAUUUUAUAAUCGCCAUUUGAACAUUUCGGGUUGUUAUUGUAUAAUAAAUUGUGUUUAACUUUACUGUGUACUCAACCGGAACAUGGUAAGAGAGACGCGGUAAUCGCGUACAACUGACUGGAAUGAUUGCUUUGUUGACAUAUCUAUAUAACAACAUAGUUAUGGGGGUUUAUAUUUACAUACGAACGUAUAUUCUGAGUACUAUAUUGUUUUACAUUGGGUCAAGGUACGAAGUCGAGGCUGUAAAGGAAGUUUCUGCCAAGUAUUUGGUGUCAUUGAAUGAGUAUGUCAACCAAUGGCCUGGCUUCCUACAUGAUCAUAUCACAACCACAUGGACCUACAGUACCCACCCCAAGACCCUGAACUCGUACUAUCAGUUGUCCGUGCUGGGUAUGGUACUAAAGAGUGAUGGGGCCAAAGAGUGCGACUGUGCCGUGGAAGUGUUGCAGAUAGUCGAUGAAUUUAUGGGCAUUGGGGGAGGGCCAGGGCGGCCGGGAUUGUUAGGUAAUUAUUGAAGUUUAUCUAGAUGCACUACUUUUGAAUUGAAGUAAAUAUACAAUUCAACUACUUUUUAUGCAAAUAUUAUUGUAGGAAAGCUGAAUCACAAGUUACAACGAGCUGAGAACAAUAUCCUCCAAAUAUACGGUAACUACUUACAGACAGGGGAAAGGUUCUACUGUGUCUCGACCAAAGGCGAAUGUGGAGCUACAGUACCAUUGAGGGAAGUGGAGAGUGAAAUUGAGUACGGUAUGCUAAACUCAUUCUUGCUCAAUACCACAAUGUUAUCAAUUUUUUUAAUUUUACAUUCAGAAUAUGUGUAGCUAUAUUGUAACUCACUUGUAGACACUUUAUACAACACUAACGAGAAUCAGACGAUAGAACUCGGACUGGUCGAUAAAGGUGUAAUUUGUUACAUUUGGGACAAAAACUAUCACAAUGUCGAUUCCAAGAGGUAUGAUCAAAAGGAUGACGGUAAAAACACGGAAGACAGACAUAUCACACCUAUACCUAACUACAAUGACAAAGGUAAUGAAUGUAUAACAUCAUUACAUUUCAGGAAUAUACAUAUUAUUGUUGAUAUCUUUUUACCAUGGAUAGAUACCAUAUUAAAAAGAUAUUAUUUUUAUAUUAUUGUAAGCUUGCACUUUUUUUAAUUUCUGGAAUUUCAAAAUGUCCAUUGCCUCAAGUCGAGAACGGUGAAUACAUUCUGAAUGGUCUGAAGGCUUUCCCAGGAACUUCAGCUACCUUAAUAUGUUUGCCUAAUUACACGCCCAGUAACAGUACAGUAACGAGCAUAUGUCAAUCAUCUUCCCAAUGGAUACCACCACCCAUUUACUGCAAAAAACGAGAUUGUAAAGCUUUUACAGAAGCGCAUUACAACGGAAAAGUACAAUACAACAUCCCCAUUGUUGCUCUGACACCUGUAGAUGAGAAUGAGUAUCUAAUUGGUAGGAGUUAAUGUAAAUUAACAUAAUUGACAUUAAUAUACCUUAUGAAAAUAUAAGUUCUGAAAGUAAUGUACAUACGUAUAACACUAGUCAUUGACUUUAGGAACUAAAGCAAGGCUAGAAUGUAGUGAUGGUUUGGGUACAGGUGGAGCUGACAUGUCCGUAUGUACAGAACAAGGUUGGAUACCGAACGUGUUAAGUAGCUGCACAAAAGGUAAGAUAUAUUGUGCAAAUAAGUAUAUUAACUUAUAAUAUAUACAGUAAAAACAGUUUAUUAGUUACAGUGUGCUCCAACUUUGCCUUAAAUCACGGAAAUGUAAGAUACACAGAUGCGCAAGGCUACACACGUACUGUAUACUCUAAUGGUACUGUAGCCACUGCAAUAUGCAAUCCAGGAACACGACUACAAGGGGUAGGGACAGCAAAUUGUGUAAACGGAGAAUGGAGUACUGUACACAUCGGUUCUUGCGAACCUAUUCGUAUGUUUUUACAAUAAUAUUGUUGUAACUUUACAUAUAAUGUGUUGUUUAAUGUCACAAGUCAAUACAACUUUUUAAAGUAAAAAAACGUUUAACGACAAGUAAAUUGUAAUCGAAAACUUUCAGAAUGCCUACGGCUAGAACCAGCUAAAAAAGGAGCUAUUGAGUACAGUAACCCACACGAGGCCAAACAAUUUACGGUAGGAAGUAUGGCUACAUUAACAUGCAAUAAUGGAAGUCAAUUGAAAGGCGCUUCUGAAACUGUCUGCGACAGUGAUGGAGUUUGGAAGCCGAAAAUAGGAACGUGUGAUUAA